AUGGAUGCCGCACCAGCUCCUCCGGCGCCGCCUCAGCUCCCAGGGAUGCCCGCAGCUGCUCCAGCUGCCGCCAUGGAGCCGUGGGAUGUUCCAGGACUGGUGAAGCAAGUCAUCACGAUAGUCGUGACCUUGGCCGUGGUUGCAAUCGUGAGGGCGGUGCACAAGUGGAUGAACAGCCAGUCGAGUUCUGCAGUGACCUCUAAACCUCCCCCUGCGCCUGCCUCGACCAACAGCCCAGCUCCUCCGGCGAAGGCAACUCCUCAGGCAGAUGACGGGGGCGCGCAGAGCAAAUCUCUGCCCGGUGAUGCGCAAGAGUCAGGGAAAGGAGCUGCUUCACCUACGGGGGCUCAGUCCCAGACUGAGCCACAGAAGGAGGCGAAGGGGUCACCUGAGGCUCUCAGCAACACGACGUCACAGUCAGUACCGGCGAGCAGCACUGACCCUGCCAAGCAAGGCGUCACCAAAGGGGUCACCGACAUCACGGAUGCCAAGGACAAGUCAGCCCCGACUGCCACCUCGUCGCCGCCCGCAAGGCCUAGCCCGGAGGCGCUGUUCGCUGCCCUCCAGGGUUGCCAAAAGGAGAUCAAGAACCUGCAGGCAACCCUCAGCAAGCAAGUGGAGGAUGUGGCGGCCGAGCAGCAGAACCUGAAGACUUUGGUUGACAAGCAGUUCGCAGAGGCCAGCAGCUUCCAGACGGCAGCGAUGGCCCACCUUGAUGAGCUUGCCACUGUGGUCGGACAGAUCAAACAAAUCAAGCAUGACGUCGUUGCGGUCAACGGAGAUGUGAAGCUCAUCUCGCAGCGCACGACAGGGAUCGAGGGCAUCCUUGGGAUAUUGAUGCCCCAGGUGAAGACCCUCGUCUCCUCGGUCGGCACGCUGUCCUCGAAUGUGGAAAGCAUUCGACAGAUGACAGACGCCCACUGGAAGGAAGUGGUCAAGCAGAUCGGCGCGACGGUCCAGACCAUGAAGAACCAGCACACGCAGUGGGAGCAAACCACGGACAAGAACCAGCAAUACCUGGUUGACGGCGUGAAGGAAGUCAUCAAGAAGGUCACGUCGUGUGACUAUGACAGCUUCACUGCGCUGAGCAAACAAAUGGACCAGCUGGGGCAAGAGCUGCUAGCCUCGGCGGGUUACCUCCAGACCGAGACCAGCACCCUCAAGGACGGCCUCUACAACCUUGUGGUGGCCCUCGGGAAUACCUCUGAGCAAGUCGCCACUGUAAAGGAGUACUGUGAGAGACCGCCGGUGCCCCUGAUGUCCAGCGCUCCGCCGCCUCCCUCAUAUGAGGCCCCUACUGUGAUAGCGCAGGCGCACCCGGGAGAUCGACGCCAACUGCACUUGCAGACAGCCAUUCCACAGGCUCAGGUUCCCCCGCCGCAAGCUGGACCCCAUGGAGGACAGGCGUCAGUCUACGUUGACCUGGGAGAGGGCAGACGCGUGAACAUCCCGCUGUUCCGCUGA